AUGGUCUCUCUGACGCGGCUGCAGGACGUGGAGCGGCAGCUGAGCACAGCGGCGACCGCUCUGCAGCUGCACCUGCGCGGACUGAAGAGCGAGCGCGAGCACAUCGGCUGGGCGCAGAUCGCGGCGCUGGCGCUCGUGUGCGGCCGCAUCGAGCAGGUGCAGAGCGAGCUGCGGCAGUCGACGACCGAGAUUCUGGCGCUGGCCAGGAGGAGUUUGGCUGGAGGAGACGCGACGAACAAGGGCGAGGACACGGAGACGGAAGAUGAAGACGAAAACGCGGAGCUGGAGGGCGAGCAGAGCGUGAAGGGCGCGACCAGAGGACAAGUAGAGGAGGCUGAGGCAGCUGUGGACCAGGUGCAACGCUGUGGAGAGCAGGAUGGAGCUUCUGAAGAGGAAGAAAAACAGAACGAGGCUGUCGUGAAGUUGGAGCCUGUGGCAAUAACAGCAGAUUUUACUAGGGAUGGAGUUGUGGAGGAGGAGGCCACGGAGAGUGAUGAUGGAAGUUCUAGGCAGGUUGUGGACGAGGUGGAAAUCAGCGGCGAAAAGAUGAUUUGGGAGUCUGAUGUCGAGGUGAAACGUGAGAUGAUUAGCCGGAGUGGAUCGGUGGAAGCUGGUGAGCAGUCGAGUUCGGAUGAGCUGGAGCAACUUUGUGAUGCUACUGUGGAAACGAACGGGGUGGAAGUGGCUGUGGAGGAAAUUAGUAGGAAGAAGGAGGAGGAUACCCAGGAGGUUGGCGUGGAGAUAACGGAAGCUGGAUGCAGGCAAGGUGGUUUGAUAAACUAUGGAAAGUCGAAAUACAGCGAGGCAACGGAAGAAAGCAGUGAGCCUGCAAUGGAGAACGAAGGCACGGCUGCAAGUGAUACGAGAAUUGCGCCAAACGAGGCGGAAUGCGAGGAAAAUCAUGCUGAAAUGCACACUGGUGGCGUGGAAACCACCACAGCUGAACCAAAGACGACAGAGUCUGAGAGCGUCACGGAAUCUGAAGCACAGGUGCCUCGAAUGGAUGUAAAAUCUGCGGAUACCAGUCCAAUCGAAACAACGGAGACAUCUCACCAAUCUCGCACUACGACAAUGGACACACCAGAUAGUAAGAAGGACGAGGAGCGCGAUGGUACGACAGAACGCAUCGCGCACAUGAAUCAGUGGGCUAAGGCUGUGGCCGAACUUCAGAGCACCGCGCUACGCGACUGCCUCCAGGCUGGAAACUCGGUCACAGCGGCAGUCACAGAUUUGAUCAGCACCACCGAUCGCUUUUUAUCCGAAGCAAUGCAGCGAGAGCCAAAAUUCAAUUGUCGUCUGUGGAUUAAGCGGAUGAUCGUGGCCUUAAACAACCUUUUCGAAAUGAUCAACGACCCCAACGUUCUCGAAGCAUUUUCUGCACUGCGCGAGAACUUGCCCAAGCUUAAAAGACAUGCUGAAUGA